AUGCUAGAUCGCCCUGAUCGUGCAGGCAGGCGCCGUCCUUUUUCCACCUGGGUCAAGAAGCUCACAAACUUCAAGACGUCCUCCUCGAGCGACGGGAGCGGCGUGCAUCUUCCCACUUCGAAACGCCAGCAGGCCAAACUACAUGCCAAACUGCGGGCCUCCAAGAACAACAAUAACAAUAACAAUCCAUAUCCCCAGUCUGGCCGCGCGGCCUCCGCCAGCCACGCCGAUGUCGAUGUCGAAACCAGUUCUUAUUCCUUCUCAACCGCCCUGAGCGGGAGCGCGACCUCUCUCGAACCCUCUUCACGCAUGUCAUCCGAUGAUGGUCGCGCCCCGCCCACCGCCGGUGCAAGGUCCAUGGCCCCAACGAUAUCGACAGACCACGACAGAGCCCCUUCGCUCGUCGCUCCCUCUCACGGCGCUCCCUCGGUCGCCGGAACAAGCCGGACCAUCGGCGGCGUCGAAUCUCGCAGGGGAGGGGACAGCACCUUUUCGUCGCCAGCGCCCUCUGUGCGCUCGCUGACGACAACCCUGACGACAAUCCAGUCCAUGGCGCCAAAUAAUGGCGGCACCCAUGUGCCAACGAACCCGACCACCAACGGCAACCACACAUCGCACCAGGGUCAUACCCAAUCGAUCCACUUCAACCAACCCUUCCCGACGGCCUCGCCCGCCUCCGCCAUUCCCGCCCACCUCGCACCCGCCGCGGCGGGGCCAGGCAACCCCACGACCUACACCACCGCCACCGCCAACAACCUUCUCACCGACAACGCAUCCAUCAUCACCUUGGCGUCGUCAUCCCAGCGCCGCCGUCGCCGGUCGCUCGAUACGGACGCCUCGGUUCGCGCCUUGGCCCCCUCCUCCCUCUGGGGCGGUAGCCGCGAGAGUCUCCCUCUCAGCGUCCUUAGUGCCAACAUCGAUCCGGUCGUCGGCAUGCCGACAACCCCCGGCCUUCACCAUAGCAGCUCGCGCAUCGCCAACGCCGAGCGCACCAGCAUCUACUCGGCCACGGGCGUUGCCCCUGCCAUGCCCGGCGACCGGAACAGCUUCUAUGCGAAGCAGAGUGGCAACGGCGACGGGGCAAGCGUCCGGAGCGGAUUGCUGGGUCACGGUCGAUCAGAGAGCAUCAGCGGAAGCAUUGGCGGCGUGACGAGCCCGCUGACCAGCCCCCGGGAGGCGUCGGAAAAGGACGGAUCUGAGGACAGGGGCGAGGGCUCGAGUCGAGCGAAGACCGAAGAGGAGCGCUAA